GUUAGUCUUCGAUUGACAGGCUUGUACACUUGUUCGAAUCAAAACAUUAGAAUAAAAACUCUGAACUUUGAAUAGUUCUGUUCGAAAAGAUAAAAAAAUCUCUCUGAUAUCUAGUACUUGAACAAUACGUGAUUAAUUUGUUUGUGUUUAUAAAAAAAUUACAAACUUUAUAAACAUAUAGACAUAAAGGGUUGAUUAGUUUUCAAGCCAAUUUAAUAUUUAGCAAUCAAGAUAAAAAAUUACAUCUUCAUAAAAAAAAAAUGUGGUGAAAAGAGGUGUAUUAGACAAGUGAAUGCUAUUCACUGUAAUUAUUCAUCGUUUGUGGUUGAUAGAAUCAUUUUGCUUUUUUUAUUUUACUCAAGUCAGACUUCAGAUUCACACAGUCAAGUGAAUGGAAGGGUGAGAGCUCAGUCUUCCUCCAGAAUUUGUCCAAUAAGGUCAGGAACAACCACUCUGACAAUCAUUAAUACCAGCUAAAGAAAAUCACUUUCAUAUAAUUUUCAUUCAAAACAUAGGAGGUUGUUUUAAUAUUUUUGUGAAAAUUUUGUUUAAUUAAAUUGAUGAAAAUGCAUUUUAUAAUUCUGUCAAUAUUACUGGUGUUUUGGUGCACUGAUUCCAAAGCGAGUGUCUUGGUUGCUGAUAAUGGAAUGUCUAAAAUGAUCGAACUAAAUGCUGAUGCACCUUUUUGUGCACUGUACCACGAUCGAGGGGUAAUUCAAAGGAUGAUUCUUGGUGCUGAUCCGAAGAGAGUUCGUCAAAUGUCAACUAAUCUGGUCAAUGAUCUCGAAGAAACUUGCAAGGCAUCUAGAAGCAAGGGAAAGGAUCAGCCUGCUGGAGGAGGACUCAUUUAUCCCGGAACUAAAUGGUGUGGACCAGGUUCUUUGGCAGCUUCUUACGAUGAUCUGGGUCAUCAUGCAGCUGAAGAUGCAUGCUGCAGGGAACACGAUCAUUGUCCAGUCACAAUAAGUCCUCAAGAAUGUAUCAAUGGUAUCUGUAAUAAUUCCCCUUUCACUCGAUCACACUGCGAUUGUGAUGCUAAAUUCAGAAGAUGCCUCCAAAACUUGAAUACCGAAGUUGCUAAUACACUUGGCGCUCUUUUCUUCAAUGUCAUUCAAGUUACGUGCUUUAAAGAACGACGUCCGUGUUCUCAAUGGCAAAGUAGGAUUGGCCUUGAGUGGCAGAGGUCACCAAGAUAUUUCUCAAACUCGCAACGCGCUUGGAGACAGACAGCAACACCUGUACUGAGGACGAUCUUUGAUUUCAUCACAGGAGUAGUUAGAAAUACAUUUUCUAGUCCAAAACAACGAUAUCAAUCGAACUGGAUACGGUGAGGAAGAAUCAAAUCGUCUAUGUUCUCAGUACAAAUUUCAGCCCAGUGAGAAGUACGUUCCUCUGAUGCCUCUCAACAUGAACAUGUAAUUGCAGAUGCAUCAAAAAAAAAAACUCAAUUCUUAAAUAAUUUUUAUUCGAGUCAUAGAGUAAUAAUUGAAUUUAAAUAUUUUAUUAGUGCACUAAGUAUAGUAAUUAUUAAUUAAUUCAUAUUACUUUGUAAAUAGAUGAGUUGAAGUUUCUUUUGAAUAUUUACCUAUCAGAAAUUUAAACACAUAAAGACUAGUAUGAUAGAUUUUUCUUCAAAAGUAUGAAAAUAGGAUUUUUUUUAGAAAUUAAUUGAUAAAAAAUGGUUAAAAUAGAAAAUAAUUCUCAAAUCAAAAUGUGAUAUAAGAGUAUAUGCAAAUUAUUUUAAGAAACUAAUUAUCAUAAAUAACAAAUGAACUUAUAGAUGUAACUAAUAACUAUGAUAUAAAAACAAGGAACCAUGAUAAUGUAAAGAUAGACUUUUUAUUGUUACAUAUCAUGAUCGAUUUUACAAUUAAUGACGGAGUCAUAAAAUAUAUUAAUAAA